AUGGACAAGUCACCCAAACAUUCCGCAUUCCUGAAUAAUGUUGAGAAGGAAUUAAACAGCAAAAUCUCUGCUUAAUUCUCGAAAUAUUCAAAUAACCUCAGAAAGCAAAUGAAAGAGAUUGCUGACUAUAAGUCAGCCUUUGAGGAAGACUUCAAAGAGUUCUAAUCGGACAAGAUUAUCAAAGAUGAACUCUAUGAGCAAAUUAAGGAUGAGGAAGAAUUAAAAGAAUUGCAAAUAGAAUAUGCAGCAAAGCUAAAGGCAUAAAAGAUGGUUAAAGAUCCGAAAUUGCCAGAACUUUAUGAAAACGAAGCCAAAAAGAUAGAAAGACAGAUAACCGACAGAAGGGUACAAAAAGCUUUGAAGGAAGAAGCUAUUUAAAAUAAUCUUUAAAAAAAUUUGAAACUUAAUUUGCUUCCAGAAGGAAUGUAACAGAUGCCUAUAGAAAAUGAAUUUUAAAUGCCUGAAUCUUAAACAGUAAUGUAAGAUCAACAGUAGCAGUAUCUAAAGGAAUUUGAAAUGGAUUUUGACAAGAUUGAAACUGAGUUGAAAGCACAGCUACAAUCGAUUGUAAACAAUGACUAUGAUACAUUUAAAAGAAUACAAAAAAAUGAAUUCUCUAAGGAAGAUACACUCAAGUAUUUGAAACGCAUAAGCUAGGAAGACUUAGAUGAUAUGGAAUUUGAGAGAACAAAAGUUAAUUAAUAUGAUAGUAGUCUGAAUAAUUCACAGUAUAAAGAAUUCUGGGGUGAAAUUAAGCCUGAAAGAACUACAAGGAAUAGUAAGUCUGUAGUGAGAAAACAUAGUGAUGACAGAAAGUAAAAAGGCAACAGCAAUCAUACUAGAAAUUAAAAUAACAACAGUAUCAGCUAUAGUAAUAAUAACAAUUUACUUCCAGAUAUUAGAAAUAGAGAUUUCUUGAAUUAUAGCACUAUUGAUGCGAGUAGUGCUAAAAAGGUGGUCAACAAUUCUUUCAUAACCUAAUAGCCUGAGGAAAAUUAGAAGUCUUAGCAGAAUGAAGAUGAAGAUGAGAAGAAGUACAACUUGAUGGAUGAGUAUAACAAGAAAUUCUCUAAAUAUGAUAAAGUAAGGUCAGAGCUAAAGCAAAAGGAUACCGAGUAGACAUUUAAGAUUUAGAUAAGAAAAUUAGGAGCAAAGAUUAAGAAUUUGGAAAGAUCACAUCUUAUUAAUCUCAGGUAUGUGAAGGAGAAAACUAAAGACAAAGCAGAGAGAAUGAUAAAUGAAAGAAUAAAUAGAUGCAAGAUGGUCUAUGAAACUGAGUUCCAGCACUUGUGUGAGUAGUUUGAAAAUGUUAAAGCAUAACUGGAGGAAUCCGAGAGAUUUGUUAGGAAGUAGUCAGAACUAAUGGGAUACCAAGAAACAAUAAUAUCCCAAAUGAAUAAUUACAUUGAGACUGUUGGCUAUUAACUGAGACAGGAUGAUUAUCUGAAGAGAAUUAAAAAGCAUGAUAUACAAUAUGCAGUCGAUAAAAUGGACUUAUAUAUGUUUUAGGACCCUGUCAGUGAUGUAGUAUAAGAUGUAAUCCAAUAAGGUAGAGAAUUACUAUAACAUCCAUAUGGUUUUUACACAUUCGCAAUUAAACUUAAUAUGGAUAAUCAAAUUGAGAUACUUUACAAAGAUGUAAUCAGAUUUUACUAGUAAAAGAUAAUUCAGACAAAAGAGGAAAGAUAUCUUUUUGAUAUAGAACUAGGAGAGCUAAGAAUUGUAGCCUAGAAUUUCAAAAGAGCAGAGGAGAGAAAUUAAUAGCAGAUUACAGAACUCAACAUGAAAAUAUAGCUGCUGUUAGAAGAAAAAUCAGAUUAAAAGGAAAACUUUGAGCGCAGAUUUAACUAAGCUGCAAAAGACUUUGUUACUGAUUAGAGGAAAAUGAAUAAAAGAUUUGAUGACUUUAAACAGCUUACUAAACUUGAGAUUAGAACACACGAGGAAAUCAGAGUAAAACUGCAAAAAAUUAUUGCUGAUUAUAGAGGGGAGAUCAAAGAUCUCAAAGAAGCUUUGAAAGUGCCCAGGUAGUAUUUCAAGUUUAAUGACUAAAUGAAAUAUGAAAACAUGGUAAAGCAGAAAAAUGAUAUUUUGGAUAAACUCAGACAAGAAAUAGACAAUUAUAAUCCAAAGGUAGAUAAAAAGAAGAAGUUUGUAAAUAUAGCCGAUGUGCUUAAUUUGAACAAGGAGGACUAGCAUGUCUAGGAAUUCAUAGAGUAAGCUAUUCUAAGAAAGAGAUAGUCUUUGAUUGGCAGUAAUAACGAAUUACUAAAUAGAGAUUUCAGCAUGUUUAGUUUUCAAUCAAAGGCGACAGCAGUUGGCAACGGAAGUCAUAGGCCAUUUAUAUAGUCAUCUGGACUACCUAGUUCAAGAAAUGUUGGAAACAGCAAUCACUCUAUGAUCAUAUCUCCCUCAUUCAGAUUUGGACUCAUGGAUAGUCACAAUCAAAUAAAUAGUUAAAAGAGAAAGAUUAGUCAUAGUGGGAUUAGAUCUAUCAUGAAGAAUGAUGAAAGCUCUAGAUUUUUUGCUGAUGAUACAACAUAUAGUGGGACUAGAGCCCAAAGUAGAAACGAAUCUAAUUAUUAGUGA